AUGCGGAUAUUCUUAUUAACCCAAUUCUCACCAUUUCUAUUGUAUAUUUCACUCGUACUCAUCGUUAGUGGCAUCGAGCACGACUCGAUUUGCGAUGAAUCGGUAGCGAAUUGUCCGGAGCCGACGCACACCGUCAUUCGGCUAGUGAAACGCGAUGAUGAGCUCGCGCGCCAAAUCGCCGCCGAUCACGACAUGGACGUGCGAGGCGAGCCGUUUCUCGACAAUCACUAUUUCCUCUAUCACAAAGAUUCGACGAGGACUCGAAGGCAUAAGCGGGCGAUUGUUGAAAGACUUGAUUCUCAUCCCGCCGUCGAGUGGGUCGACGAACAGCGCCCGAAAAAGAGAGUAAAACGAGAUUUCAUUCAUUUAGACGAUGAUGUUCGACACGCAACACCAAGUCGACGAUCGGUGCUGAGUCGAGAAGCUCGCGCGAAUCCGCGUCGCGCGUUUCGCCAAUCGCAGCGGCCAAUUCCGUCGCUUCCAUUUCCCGAUCCGCUCUACAAAGACCAAUGGUAUUUGCACAACGGAGCCGUCGGCGGUUAUGAUAUGAACGUGCGAAGCGCUUGGAUGCAAGGCUACGCGGGACGAAAUGUGUCGGUGUCGAUACUCGACGACGGCAUUCAAAGGGACCAUCCCGAUUUGGCGGCGAACUACGAUCCGCGCGCGUCGACCGAUAUCAAUGAUCACGACGACGAUCCGACACCGCAGAACAAUGGUGAUAAUAAGCACGGAACCCGUUGCGCCGGCGAAGUCGCCGCGCUUGCCGGCAACUCGCAUUGCGGCGUCGGCGUCGCGUUCAAAGCGCGCAUCGGCGGCGUUCGAAUGCUCGACGGCGCCGUGUCGGAUUCGGUCGAGGCCGCUUCGCUCUCGCUGAACCAGGAUCACAUCGACAUCUACUCGGCGUCGUGGGGUCCCGAAGACGAUGGAAAAACGUUUGACGGUCCGGGACCGUUGGCGCGCGAGGCGUUUUAUCGCGGCAUCAAAAACGGACGCGGCGGCAAAGGCAACAUUUUUGUGUGGGCGAGCGGCAACGGCGGCUCGCGUCAGGACUCGUGCUCGGCGGAUGGCUACACGACGUCGGUGUACACUUUGAGCAUCUCGUCGGCCACCUAUGACAAUCAUAGGCCUUGGUAUUUGGAGGAGUGCCCAUCGUCGAUUGCGACGACGUACAGUUCGGCGGAUUUCCGGCAACCGGCUAUUGUUACUGUGGAUGUGCCUUCGGGAUGCACCGACAAACAUACAGGAACGUCCGCUUCGGCUCCAUUAGCUGCUGGAAUCAUCGCGCUCGCACUUGAAGCAAAUCCGGAACUCACUUGGCGCGACAUGCAGCAUAUUGUGCUGCGCACAGCCAACUGGAAACCGCUCGAGAACAAUCCGGGAUGGUCGCGCAACGGCGUCGGCCGAAUGGUCAGCAACAAAUUCGGCUACGGGCUGAUUGACGGCGGUGCGUUGGUGAAUUUGGCGAAGACGUGGCGCACGGUGCCCGAGCAACACAUUUGCACCUACGAAUAUCGAUUGGCGGCGCCGAAUCCGCGGCCGAUCGUCGGUCGAUUCCAGUUGAACUUCACACUCGACGUGAAUGGAUGCGAGUCGGGAACACCGGUGCUCUAUUUGGAGCACGUUCAAGUUCACGCGACUGUUCGUUAUUUGAAACGCGGCGACCUCAAACUCACACUAUUCUCGCCGUCUGGCACUCGAUCCGUUUUAUUGCCGCCUCGACCGCAAGAUUUCAACGCGAACGGAUUCCACAAAUGGCCGUUCCUCUCGGUUCAACAAUGGGGUGAAGAUCCGCGCGGCACGUGGCUUCUCAUGGUCGAAUCGGUGACGACGAAUCCGGCAGCAUCAGGCACAUUCCAUGAUUGGACCCUAUUGCUUUACGGAACUGCGGAGCCGGCUCAGCCGGGCGAUGCGCUCCAUCCGGUGCAGCCGAACAAUCAAGGUGUUCUCUCGCGUGUGCAACAGCUAACAUCGCAGAGGCAUCGAAUGCGUCGACCGCAGGCGUUCUCGCGGGUUCGGCAAAUGCCGAUACCGUCGGGUCGCACGUGGCUUCCACCACAACAACAACAACCGUUUCGUACGCCAUUCACCACCAUGACGACCACCACGAAUACUGUCGGCCAAUGGGUGUUCGAUCCGGUGCCGCUGCCCGUCGCACUCAUCGCCCUUCAAGCGAUCGUCGUGCUCGUCAUUGUCGGCGUCGCGUUGUACGCGUGCCGCCGUCAGCGUGUUCGAGACUCGAGCGUCGUCCAAGCGGACGCGGAGCUCGUCAGCGACGAGAUGCGAAUCGCGAUGGCCGAAUCUUUGGAAGCGGAGAAGGAGCGACAGAUGAUUGCGAAGGCGCUCGCCGACGCCGAAGAGCAUCAUGAGAUGAAGAACAUGCGAUAG